CAUCUCUGCAUACAUAUACAAUCUUUUUAUACAUCGUCACAUGUUCUUAUAUCUUCUAAACAUAGAAUCGUCCAAUACUAAAUGGUUGAAUAUGUAGUGUAAUGAUAUUUUUCAAUUAAUUACAGGCCGGUUUACAAGUGCACAAUACGGUGCUUAUAUAUUUAUAAUUGUUUUUACAUAAAAUAUAACAAUUUUAUAAUAUACUCGAAUGCUGUAAGUUGCUAAUGUAAGUUAAAACCACGUGCUAAUAUAAAGAAAAAAGUUAAAUUUUGACGAUAGACAAAUCUUACGAAAUUAAUAAACUAAUUAUAAUUAUUUUAUCAUGUUAGUAAAUAUGUAUGUUCUUGUUUUGUUAACUCUAAUAUAACUAUAAAAUUAUUCAUAAAGAAAUAUGUUACUAAACAUGGAAGGAAAAGUUCCUCAAUGCUGUGUCAACAGAUUGCUAAGUAAAAAUUGGGAAUGAAUAAGUUAAGUACUAUACCUCCAAACUUGGAUCUGGAUGAUCCAAGAUUUAGGAUCAAACCUUAUCAACAAAUCAUUGCUUCUUGUACUGGUGCUUUUAUUACUUCAGUUUUUGUUACUCCUUUGGAUGUGGUAAAAAUUAGGCUUCAAGCACAACAGAAAGCAAUGCUUUCUAAUAAAUGUUUUCUUUAUUGUAAUGGUUUAAUGGACCAUUUAUGUCCUUGUUUGAAUGGAAAAGGUCCAAUAUGGGCUAAAGGAAAUGGAAAAUUUAAUGGUACAGUGGAUGCUCUUAUGAAAAUUAGUAAGAAUGAAGGUAUUCUUUCACUAUGGAGUGGUUUAAGUCCUACUCUAGUUCUAGCAGUACCUGCAACUAUAGUAUAUUUUGUUUCAUACGAACAGUUAAGAUUAUAUUUUAAAGAUAAAUAUAAUAGAAAAAAUAAAAAAGCUAGUACAAUUACAAUGAAACAGCCAUUUUGGAUUCCUAUGAUGGCUGGAGCUAUAGCACGUAUUUGGGCUGCAACUUUAGUAAGCCCAUUAGAAUUAAUUAGAACAAAGAUGCAAUCUCAAAGGUUAAGUUAUGCAGAAAUUCUUCAAGCAUUGAAAACUGUUGUAAAAUAUAGCGGUGUCUCUGGUUUAUGGAUGGGGUUAUCUAGUACUCUUCUACGUGAUGUACCAUUUAGUGCAAUUUACUGGUUACAUUAUGAAACUAUAAAGCAAAAAUUUCAUGAGUCACAACAAACUUUUACUUUUAACUUUACAGCAGGAGCUAUAGCAGGAUCUAUAGCUGCAUUUUUAACGAUCCCAUUUGAUGUAGUAAAGACACAUAAACAAAUAGAAAUGGGUGAGAAAGAAAUUUAUUCAGAUAAUCCAGGACGUAGUAGUGGAACAUGGACCAUAAUACGAAAAAUUUAUAAACAAAAUGGAAUAAAAGGACUAUUUACAGGACUAAUUCCACGUGUAAUUAAAGUGGCUCCAGCUUGUGCAAUUAUGAUUGCAACAUUUGAACAUGGAAAACGGUUUUUCCAAGUAUAUAAUGCUAAUCAAAUUCUUCAACGUGAAAGUGAUAUACAACUUCUAAAACACAAACGAAAAAACGUAGAAUAAAAUAUGAUACUAUAAAAUAUUAUAUUAAAUAAAACAAAUAAAAACUUUACCAAAUAAAA